AUGGAAGAUUAUGAGGUAAUUGUGCCUUUUCAGUCUCUUCAAGCUCUAGGAUGCCAUGUUGAUGCAGUUUGCCCCAAGAAGAAAGCUGGUGAAAUCUGUGCAACUGCUGUCCAUUAUUUUGAAGGUGACCAAACAUACAGUGAGAAGCCGGGCCAUAAUUUCACUUUAACAGCUGACUUUGAAGCUCUAUAUGUCUCAAGUUAUGACGCUCUUGUAAUCCCUGGAGGUCGAGCCCCAGAAUAUUUGGCAUUGGAUGAGAAAGUUAUUGCAUUAGUGAAGCAAAUUGUGGAAGCCAGGAAACCAAUUGCAUCCAUCUGCCACGGGCAGCAGAUUUUAGCUGCUGCUGGUGUUCUACAGUAUAGCCGCGCGGCUAUACUCUUUAAUAAUUCUAUUUAUGCCUCACGGUUCAAAACAAGUCUAUUUUUAAAAUAG